UAUAAGGAAAUGGAGUUGCAACUAGGUCGGAAGUAUUACAAAGAGUUCUGUAUUUUGGCAUGCAUAUGUCUGAUGCGUCCAUCCUUUGGAUCCAUUAUUAAGGACUCUGUAAAAUGUACCGAGGGCUCAGUAGCUGCGGACACGGAUGACUGUGCCAGUUAUUUUCAGUGUAUCGACGAUGAAACUGUACACUUAAAUUGUGCCAAUGGAAGUUAUUUUGAAGCGAGUAAUGAAAUCUGCGUGGUGGAUCAGUUUGGUGUAUGCCCUACAUCGCGAAGAUUAUGUUUCGAUGGAGAAAUCUUCGAGGAUCUAAAUGAUUGUCUGUCCUACGUUAAGUGCAUUCGUGGAGAUCUGGUAAAGCAAAGAUGUCCUACUGGGAGUUAUUUCAAUGUAAUAUCGAAAAACUGCCGCCUGUCUCGAACUGGAUACUGUGCAUCUCAACGAGAAAUAUGUUUGGAGGGAGAACUACAAGUGGACUCCGAGGAUUGUGCCGGCUACCUCGAGUGCUUGAAUGGCGGCCUUGUGAAGUUGAAGUGUCCUGUUGGUAGCUACUUUGAGCCCAUAUUCAAACUCUGCCAGGUGGAUGAGAAUGGUGUGUGUUCGUCCUCUUCAAAUGAGUGUACAGAUGGAGAAGUUCAGGUGGAUCCAACUAACUGCGCUGGUUAUUUCAAUUGCGAAAAUGGAAAGCUAGAAACUGAAACAUGCCCCAGUGGCACAUACUUUGAACCCACAUAUAAAACUUGUACUGUUGACUUAAAUGGCGUGUGUGUGGAUCCACCAGGUAAGUGCACCGAAGGACGACUAGAAAUAGAUCCUAAUAACUGUGCAGGAUAUCUGAAAUGCAUCGAUGGAGAGUUUGUGGAGGAGAAGUGUCCAAGUGGUAGCUACUACGACUUCAGGCUGGAAACGUGUUCCGUGGAUACUGAGGGUGUUUGUGUUACAAUCAGACAACUUUGUGUCGAAGGACUGCGCGAAAAGGAUCCCAAGGACUGCGUUUCUUACACACAAUGCAUUCGAGGAGAGGUCCAAAGUCUAAGGUGCGAUUCUGGUAAAUAUUUCAAUGUGACGCAGGGAGAAUGCCUCACCGAUUUUUAUGAAGUGUGUUACAAAUCAGGGAAAGAAACUUAUAGUAAAAAAGAACAUCAUGAAUUUACUGAAAGUACUACGGCCAAUUCAGAUCAGCAAACCGAGAGUACUUAUCCUGAUUUCCAAUCUACUGAUUCUUCUCGGCAAGAGCGUACAUUCCAAGACUCCUCCUGUAUGUUUGACUUGAAUGGAUCUUGUGUGAACGCGGAUAGCACAAUUGCGGAUUUUGAUAACGAAAGUUCUACUGUUGAUUUCAAAGGAUAUACAGAUUCGAAUCCAAGUACGGAAAGUACUACAAACGAUGUUCCUCCAAGCACUGAAAGUCCUACUUCCGAUUGGCAAACAACUGAUCUAGAUUUGCAGUUCACCACUUUGAAACAUAAUCAAUAUACUGAAAGUACUAAUGAUUAUUCAGAUCAACAAGCCGAGAGUACUGAUGCGGAAUCCCAAUCUACUGAUUCUGCUCUGCUAGAUCUUACAUCCCAAGACUCCUGUAUUUUUGACUUGAAUGGAUCUUGUGUGGGGCAAUCCACAAGCUGCACAGAAGGAAAGAAGCAAAGAGAUAUCAACAAUUGUGCAGGAUACCUCAAAUGCAUCGAUGGAAAAUUUGUGGAGGAGGAGUGUCCCGAUAGGACAUACUACGAUUCCAUUUCAAAAACCUGUUUAGUGGACAAUGGACAAUGUGUAAGAAGUACUAGUACUUGCAUUGAAGGAAUUGUUGGAGAAGAUCUGAAAGAUUGCGCUGGAUACACUCAAUGUAUUCAAGGUAAAAUCGAAUCGCUCAAGUGCGCAUUUGGAAGAUAUUUCAAUGUGACCCAAGGAGAGUGCCUCAUUGACGUUGAUGAAGUCUGCGUUAGAUCAAGAGUUGAAUAUGACAUGGAUUUAGAACAGUUUUCGUAUUCAGAGAGUACUAUUGGUGAUUCGCAGGAAAGUACGAGUACGGAUAGCGCAACUUCGGAUUUAUAUACAGAUAGUUCAAUUGCUGAUUUUAAAGGAUAUACAGAAUGGAAUCCAAAUACAGAAAGCACUACAAACGAUGUGCCUCUAGGCACGGAUAGUUCUACUUCGGAUUGGCAAACAACUGAUCUAGAUCUGCAGUUCACAACUUUAGAUACAGCUUACUAUCUGGAAAACAAUACCGUCACUUGUGUCUAUAAUAAUAAAUCGUUUACAGAAGGAAUACGAGAGGUUGAUCCGCAGGAUUGCGCUGGAUACAUAGAAUGCUUUGAAGGUGAGGCUAAGAACCUUAAGUGUGAUUCCGGUAAAUACUUCAACAUAACCCAAAGAGAGUGCUCCAUUGAUGUGGAUGAGGUCUGUUUAAAAUCUAAUAUAACAACUGUUAUCGGCUUGCAAUCUACAACUGAGUCUACUCCAAAUUUCACCACUACUAUUGACCCGUUUGCCAAAUGCAGGGAUGGUCAGCUUAGGUUAGAUCCCAACAACUGUGCAGGAUUCCUGAAGUGUGUCGAUGGAGAACUGAAGGAGGAGAUGUGUCCCAGUGGCUUCUUUUAUGAUACCACAACGAGCAAAUGUAUAGUCGAUAUGCGAGCUACUUGUGUCACUAAUAUCAAAUUUUGCAUAGAAGGAGUCCGCGAAGAAGAUCCCAAUAAUUGCGCUGGUUACAGACAAUGCAUUCGAGGUUCUGUGCAAAAUCUGAAAUGUCCCAUUGGACAAUACUUCAAUGUGGCAGAAAGAGAUUGCCUCUAUGAUGUGCAUAAAGUGUGUGCAAUGACGGAAGAGGAUCAUAGCCCAGUUGAGGUGCUUCACAAUGACACUGGUCCGCCGAUGACUAAACCCGAUGAGUCCUGCAUCCUGGACAUCAAUGGGGUGUGUGUUGAUCCACUUGCAAAAUGCACAGAAGGACAGGUCAAAUUAGAUCCUAACAACUGCGCAGGAUACCUCAAAUGUUAUAAUGGUGAACUGAUUGUGGAACUUUGUCCAGAUGGCUUCUACUACGAUCUGCAAUUGAAGAUGUGCUUGCUGGACAGGAGAGGAAUUUGCGUCACAAAUAUACAAAUUUGCGAUGAAGGAGCAGUUGAAGAGGAUCCCUACGACUGUGCUGGAUACAGGCAGUGCAUUGAAGGUCAGGUCGCCAAUCUGCAAUGUCCGUUUGGAAGCUAUUUUAAUGUGCCUCUGAAAGAUUGUCUUAUUGAUGUGGAUGAAAUCUGUGUGAGAACAGAAUACAAGUAUUUCGAAUAAUAACGUGCAAUUGAUUAUAUCCUUGAUGUAUUUUUAUACCAUAAGACAAACAUAUUUAAAUCUAAAAACAAAACAAAAGAAAAGAAAGUAAUUCCUGUAAUCAGGGUAGCGACUUUACCAACCUGAUUAUUUCGUAUAAUGUAGUCAAUUGAUUUCGCAUGAAUAAUAAAUAUGCAGGCAUGAUAA